AGGAGAAGCUGCACACUGUGGUGGACUGCUCCUCUGGACGCCCUUCAGUCGGUUCUACACUGCAGGACGCAUGUUUUCCUCUGACAGCUCCACCUGCUUUGCCAGCAGAGAAGAUGGCUGCUACAAUAUUGUCCUUCUGCUCAGAGAGGUAGUGAGCAUGGAGAAGAUGGAGGACACCAGUCUGCUGCCCAGCCCCAUCCUCAUCAGCAUCAGGAGCAAGAUGGCCUUCCAGUUCAUCGAGCUCAAGGAUAGAGAGACCUUGGUGGAGACCCUGCUUGAGAGACGGAAGCAGGUCCACGCCAACCAUCCUGUGCACUAUGACACCUCAACCAAUGACAAGGACACGGUAGGAGCCUGCAGCAUGGUGGCUUUCCGUGACGUGACAGUCCCCCUCUCACCACCUCUGUGUCAGUGGGCUCCAGAGGGCAUGUGCAGGAAGGUGACCCCCUUGGGUGUGAGCACACAAUGUGCUAGAGAUGAUUGGGCCUCCAGUAGUUGGGGGUGUGAGUCUGGUGUCACCUCUGAUGGGCUGGGUGUCCCGAGUGGGCAUUGAACGCGAUAGAGGGGCUGGUUGGGAAUCACACCACUGCUUGGAGGGGUUGAGCUGGUGUCCCCCAGGUUCGUGGGGCUGGUGGUGUGCUCCCUGGGUGGGUGUGGACCAGACACGCCCCUCCACGUCCAGAGGGAUUGUCGGGCACCCCCACUUUCCUCACAGGCUGGGGUGCUGCCACACCCCAAGGUUGCAGGGGUUGAUGCCCUUUGGAACAGACAGAACCUGCUGAGAGAGGUGCUCCCUCAUUCUUAGGGUUGGAUGACUGCAGAAAAGGACCUGGGCCUGCCAGAGCCUCACCUUCUAGAACUUUCAUUGACAUAUACUUUUAAAAACACAUUUUAAACUAAUACUUAAUAAUGGUGCAUAUUUUCCUCUUACUUUUUUUUGUUUUGUUUUAAAGGCUGGACACACAUGACCUGUUUUGUACUUGACAAGCAUGUGCAGUGAGCACAAGUUUGGGGAUCUUGAAAUGGUGUCCUGUCACAGCAGCAAGGAGCGUGAAGACACGAUCCCACCUCUGCACCCUGGACCCCUGACCGUCGUCCUCCAGCCUUUGGGUAGCCAGAACCCUGACUCCCGCCUGGUGGGUGAGGCCACUCCUUCCCUGCUGUGCCAUGGGCACUGGAGGCUGGGCAAUGACCAUGGAGGGUGUGGCACCUGAGCACCAGCUCCUCUGGACCCAGGUGGAGAGGUGACCGCGGACCUUGGGCAGCAAGGGCUCUCUUGAGGGCUCAGACAGCAGAGGGGGAGCCGGCCUUUCCCCUGUCCGUUAGUGGCUCUCGUGUCAUUCCUGCUGUGUGACUUGGGCAGCGGACGGUGCCGGCCCUGUGGGUUUUCAGGUGUCAACCAAGUGUUCCUCCCCCUGGCCAGUGGCGUCUGUGAGCAUCUCAGUGUCAGUUUCCCGCGUGUGUGUCCUGGGACAAAGGGCUGCCUGUCCUCUAGUUUUAUGAACUAAAAUUAUUUUUGCUUCAUUCAUACUUUUUUCUUUAUAU